AUGCUGACUGCGCCGGUCGUCGGCUUCGAUGAUGGGAAACAGGUGGGAUUCACCGAAGCUGCUUGUCAUGUAGAUCUAGACGAUGGAGUGGCAGGACGCAUUGAUGAUGAUCACGAUCAAAGCGGAUUCCAGCGUCGACGUUGCUCGGUGUCAAAGCGCAAAUGUCGCAAGCUCAGCUCAGGCCUCUACAUUUCUGACUGUCGUUCACAGCUAAGGCUCACCUUCGGUCUGGAUCCGAUCCGUCGUCUGGGAUUCAGUCGGGCCGGUUGUUUCAACUCCCAGAAGUCACAGUGA